GAAACGAUAUCUAAGGGACCUUCAAAAGGUUUCGCCGAUAUUGUUGAAUACAUCACUGAGGGUCCUGGAGGACGAGAAGUCGAAUACAUUCCAUUCAAGAAGUUCCAUCCUAGAAGUAGGACAAUCAACGCAAAAAAAGCCCCCACAUACAAUGAGUAUACAAUUGUCCUUCGUCGUGUUUGGGUACAGCAGAAGCACGGAUCGUUUCCGAUCCGACAUGAACUGGAGAUCCAGUCCGAGACUCUCUGCGCGGCACUGCGCAAGAUGAUUGUGAACUGUUACCAGAACAUUGACCUUCAAUCGUUCCCAAUGAAGAUAAUGAGCCCUUUCUGCGAGCUCUUCUUCUACAGACACGAAAUUGAAGCCCUAGCGAAUGACAAAACACAGACCGAAGAUCUACGCCGUGAGAUGAAGCUGCUGCACGAUUUCAUUCGGGAUAAUGGCCAUCUCUCCAGCAUAGUGAAAGACUAUGAGAAAAACAUCAAAGAGGGUCGAGUCAUGGGCGACAUUCUUUGGACGAUCUACCCUCCCAACAGCUUAGUUGUCCUCAAACAAGGAGCGAUUGAAGAGUGUUGGAUCUGUCGCAAUGUUUCCUUCAUGCAGACUAGAACGGGCGCUUCUUAUUGGAAUGUUACAGGAUUGCGUAUCGGAUUUGAUGGCGUACGCCCAGGAUUGGCUAGCCAGACAUAUUCUAUCCCAAUGAGUGGUAUGCAGCUUUGCAAAAUCUCGGAACUGGAUCUGAUACCCAUCGAUCACUGCAAGAACUGGGACGAGACUGCCGCGUCACUUCUACGAAGAUCUUUGAAGCUUCGAAGCGUUCUCGGAGACGAUCUGCUGGGAUUCCGGGCUCAGUCAUAUACCGGAGCUGCCUGGGACCAAGAUUUCAGAUCAUAUGGAUUACAUCAUAGAUUUUCCAGUUUGCUCACCAUCCGGCAGAUCACGGGGCGAUUUAUGGUCGAUUUCUGGCAGUAUAUCGCCAACCACAGACGGUACUAUUGUACGCUCGAAGAAUUUAAAAAGAAGCCAAAGAAGGCUAAGUCGAAGCUUCCACGAGGGUUUUACCAUGCCGAAUCCGAUUCUGAUGCAGAGGAUGUCGAUGCAUAUGAACUGAAGGCUCAUUCGGACCCAUUGCAAACCGAAGAAUCUGGGGAAGAAACCACCUCCGAUAAGGAGGACCUUGUCCACCUUUCCAAAGAGGUUGCUGAAACAUUCCACAUAAAAAAGGAAGAUGUUGAGCUUCUAUACCCAGCCCUUGUACCUGGCUUUGGGCUUGGAGAAAAGAAGUGGAUGUGGCUCCGGAGUGACGAAUUACAGGAUGUUGAAUGGAAUACGAAUGCUUUUGGGUUUCUUCGGCUUGAGCAUAUGACCAAAGGCCUCAUUGAGUCUCUUGUGAAGGGUCAUGAAUCCGGGUCUGUCUCCUUCGAUGAUGUAAUAGCCGGCAAAGGACAAGGCUUGAUAUUCCUACUUCAUGGAGAACCUGGAUUAGGAAAGACACUCACAGCUGGUGAACUUAGUACUGCUGUCGAUAGGGUCGAAGAGCGGCUUAACAACAUUUUUGAGCUUACGAAGAGAUGGAACGCCGUUUCCCUCCUUGACGAAGCCGAUGUACUUUUGUGUAAGCGCAACUCGGCUGAAAUGGACAGAAAUGCUGUUGUUGCAGUUUUCCUCAGGAAGCUUGAAUAUUUUCAAGGUGUUCUCUUUUUGACGACAAACAGAAAAGAGGACUUUGACGAUGCGUUCAAGAGUCGAAUCCAUGUGACAAUAACGUAUCCUGCUUUGUCACCAGACGCUCAGUCGGCCAUCUGGCGAAAUCUGAUCAACAAGAACAAGUUGCAGACAGAUGACUCGUGGACGGAUGAGGUGUUUUCUGAAUUGGGAAACUUGGGUCUGAAUGGUCGAACCAUCAAAAACCUUCUAAGAACAGCCGUCGCGUACGGACGUGCAGAAGCGGGGAGGCUGAGUGCUCGUCAUGCCCUUGCUAUGAUCAAGACCGAGUUGUCUGAGAGUAGCGAAGAUAACCACAGCUUGACACAGACCGAGAAAGUAAGGGCAGCUCAAAGGAAAAGAGCGCUCGCGGCCCUUGAACGAAUCAUUGGGGCAGGAAUUGGAUUCAUAAAGCAGGAAUCUUGA